UGUAUGUGUGUGUGUGUGUCUGUCAAGCUGCAAUUUUAAUAUUUAAUAUUUGCAACACGCGUGCCGUAAUAAAAUUCGUUACACUCGAGAGAGUGUAUGAUUAUGAACGAAGAUAUUAUUAGCUUUUACUGUAAUGUAAAGUAUGAAUCGUUCGUGAUUGCUAAACCUUAGUUUAAAAACCCUGACCCUCGGACGCCGGAAAUCAAGUUUGAGUCCAGAUUUUAAUUUCUAUCAAUACAAGGCUCGUCAGAAUGACAUAAUCCAACAUUUUAAGAUGAAUCUAUUGACGUCGCUGCAAUUCGUCCGCGGUCUUUCGAAAUGGUGCGAGCGCAACCUGCAUUCUUAUUGAUGGGACGAGGAACACCGUCGACUGCCCAGACGAAUCGAUAAACCGGUGCGAGUGGUGUUGCGGCGGUGGAAGAUAUCCAAGAGUCUAGCCACGUCCGACCGGAGAGCGUCCGGCUUGUCGCCGGAUUGAUUUUUGUGGAGCAGCAACCGUGCGGCGCGAGGAUGAUGACUUGUUGGGUCCUGGUCGGAAUCUUCGUAACCAUCGUGCUCAUUUACGGCCUCAUCGAAUUUCAUUAUUUUCUACGCAUGUUCCUCACCGUCUUCCUCGCGCGUUAUUGCAAAAAAAGGGUGCACAUCCUUGAUGAAACCGUGAUCUACGGCAUUUGCACUACCAAUGAUGUGGACGCGCUUUUAUAUCAUAUGAAUAAUGCGAGGUAUCUUCGUGAGCUCGAUUUUGCGAGGGUCGACUUUUACGAAAGGACCGAUCUCUACCGAGAAGUUUGUUCUCAAGGAUCAGGUGUUGUCCAAGGAGCUGCCACUAUACGUUACAGGCGUUUCAUCAAGCCGCUAACGAUUUUUAAAAUAACAUCUAAGAUCGUUUAUUGGGAUGAGAGGAGUUUUUUCAUGGAGCAUCGAUUUAUCACGCCGAGCGAUGGCUUUAUAAGGGCAAUCGCGAUUUGCAGGCAAAGACUUCUAAAUUGUAGCGCCGAUACUGUUAUUGGCGCCCUACUGAAUCGUAGGGUGAAGCAGAAUGGAAAUGUUGAAGCAGGUGUAAUGCAGGUAUCUCCUGUGCGACCAGAGAUGCCACCCGAAGUGAGCAGGUGGAUGGAAAGUAACGAAAUAUCAUCAGCGAUGUUGAGACAGGAACCGAUCACGAUAACGACGCGUUGCUGACAAACGGACGCCGCGACGUCCAGCGGCGUUUUAGCACCGAUAUACACAACCACGACUGUGUAACAAGCGGAAUGUAGUCUUUAUUUUUAUCCUUAAUUGCCGGAUGAUGGGUGUUGUUCUGGGGGAAAUUCCGUAACAAGAUUGAUUAAAGAUUCUCGCUACUUAUGUAUUUAAUUGUCUUUGAGAAGUGGAAAUUAGCGCGGCCUUACGACAAAAUAAAUGAUUAAUAAUGACCUACUGCAAGCCUGGUAUUCUGUAAUCAGGGAUAAGAAUAAUUAAUCUAAUUGCAGUAAGCGAUUAUUUCUUCCUCUUUUUAUUAAAACAUAGAUUGGUCAAAUUCUUAGAAAAAGAAAAUGAUUAUAAGUACGAGGUAUGUUCGGAAAAUAAGGUUACAACGUGUCUGUAGCUCAGAGGGAAGUUUUUCGUUUCAAAGUUGGCACAUCUGUUUGGAGGGGAGAUCCCAGUGAAAAGAACAAGCGAUGGAGGGGGUCAGUAGCUUGACUGGUUGCGUCAGAAUCGUGUCAUAACAAUUAACAUGAAUCUGACAAUGAAUCUAACGGGCUUUUCAUUUUUAACGAUAACGAGAUAUCGGAUGACGGCUCGCACUUCAUACUUGGCGAGAUCGGGAAUUGCCAGAUUCAUGUUAUGACACGAUUCUGACGCAACCAGUCAAGCUACUGACCCCCUCCGCCGCUUGUUCUCUUCACUGGGACCUUCCCUCCAAGCAGGUGUGCCAACUUUGAAACAAAAAAUUUUUCUCUGAACUAUAGACAUGUUGUAACCUUACUU